AUGGUUGGCCUAGGUCCUCGCGCUCCGCCCUCUAGAAAAGGGUCGAAAGCCGAUAUUCCCAAGAACACCAUGGAGGCGAUCCGCAAGAUCGAGGAGCUCUUCACGGUCGACACGGCCAAGCUCAAGGCCAUCACCGACCACUUCAUCUCUGAACUUGCCAAGGGCCUCAGCAAUGAGGGUGGCAGCAUCCCCAUGAACCCUACUUGGGUCAUGUCGUAUCCUGAUGGCAACGAGACGGGCACGUACCUCGCCCUCGACAUGGGCGGCACCAACCUUCGCGUCUGCCAAAUCACCCUCACCGACAAAAAGUCCGAGUUCGACAUUAUUCAGUCCAAGUACAAGAUGCCCGAGGAGCUCAAGACUGGCAAGAGCGAUGAGCUCUGGGAGUACAUUGCCGACUGUCUGCACCAGUUCCUCGAAACCCAUCAUGGUGACUGCAAGAACAUUGGAACGCUGCCUCUGGGCUUCACAUUUUCUUACCCGGCUACACAAAACUACAUUGACGAGGGUAUCCUGCAGCGAUGGACCAAGGGAUUUGACAUUGACGGCGUCGAGGGCCAAAAUGUCGUUCCCAUGUUCGAGGCUGCGCUCGCCAAGCGUGGCGUUCCUAUUCAACUGACUGCUCUGAUCAACGACACUACCGGAACGCUUAUGGCCUCGGCCUACACCGAUCCCCGCAUGAAGAUUGGCUGCAUCUUCGGUACCGGCUGCAACGCCGCGUAUGUCGAACAUUGCGGCUCGAUCCCCAAGCUUGCCAAGAUGGGCCUUCCUGACGACAUGGAGAUGGCCAUCAACUGCGAGUGGGGCGCUUUCGACAACGAGCACAAGAUCCUGCCGCGCACCAAGUACGACGUCACUAUUGAUGACGAGUCUCCUCGUCCUGGCCAGCAGGCGUUUGAGAAGAUGAUUGCAGGUCUUUACCUGGGUGAGAUUUUCCGUCUCGCCUUGUGUGAUCUGCAUGAUGAGAAGCAGAUCUUCGACGGUCAGGACAUUUCUUGUCUUCGCAAGGCCUACAGUCUGGACGCCUCGUUCCUUUCCGCUAUCGAAGAGGACCCCUUUGAGAACCUGCAGGAGACUCUGGACUUGUUUGCCAACAAGCUGCAGAUUCAGGUCACGGCUCCCGAGCUUGAGCUUAUCCGUCGCCUUGCCGAGCUCAUUGGCACCCGUGCCGCCCGACUCUCUGCCUGUGGUGUCGCUGCCAUUUGCAAGAAGAAGAACCUCAAAACCUGCCACGUUGGUGCCGACGGCUCCGUCUUCAACAAGUACCCUCACUUCAAGGCGCGUGGAGCGCAGGCUCUCAAGGAGAUUCUCGACUGGCCAGACAAAACGGACCCCAAGGCCGAGGACCCGGUUGAGAUUCUGGCUGCCGAAGACGGCAGUGGUGUCGGCGCUGCUCUGAUUGCCGCACUGACGCUGAAGCGUGCGCAGAACGGCAACAUGGCGGGUAUUCUUCACCCAGAGCGUUUCAAAUAG